UCAAAAUUCCAAAUCUUUGACGCAAAAAAGGAAAGAAAUCUGAAUAAAAUAUGGCAGUAUAAUAAAAAGAGGGACGCUUUUUCAGAGAUGGCACAUGGGCGGCAAGACAAGUGCCGUCUUCUAUAUGCCCUAUAAAUUCAUGGGUUUUGCCAUGGAAGGCGGGAGACAAGUGGGUUCAUCUUCUUCAUUCACUUCUGAACUUUUUGGGACCAAGGAGUCACCUCCAUCCAAUUCUUCUGGGAUUUUUGCAUCAAUUUUUCCGCCCCCAUCCACGGCAGUAGGGAGGAACCCCGCAAACUCUGAGAUGAGGGGAUUGUCGGGAAAUCAGACAUGGGACACCAAACAAGGAACUCCAGACAUGGGAAAGAGUGGGGUAGGUGCCAGCAGUAUCAUACCCAACAAAGACAAGAAUCAAAUUUUCCAAGAAGAAAGGGUAGAACCAUGUCAUCUAAGUUCAUCUCUCUACUACGGUGGGCAAGACAUCUAUUCAAAUUCAUCAAGCACCCAAACUUCUGGAUCAUAUCCUGUUUUCAAGAAAGACGAAGAUGAUCCAAAUGGAAACAAUUCACAAGGUGCAUCUAGAGGAAACUGGUGGCAAGGGUCGCUUUAUUAUUAGGACUUGCCCCUUCUAAGGCAUCUGAAUUCUACAUCUAUUUGCCAAGAUUAAAUGCAGCGAACAUAACCUAAAGUGUGGUUGCACCUAAAUCUACUUGACCCCAGAAGUGGCAAUAUAAUAGAAACUCAUGGAUUUGUCCAAACACUACCCCCAGAACUCGAUCCUAGGAUGAUCUUGACAUUUCAUUGGAAUGAAGGUUGGUAAGUACAGUAACUAUCCCUGUUUUCCUCAUCAUUGGAGAUGCAAAGAAAUAGCCUUUCAUAAGCAGCUGCCAUCUUGGUGGCAGUGAACAACUCCAGACCCCUCUGCCUAGCCAGCUGGCCUUUCCUCUCCAGAACUCCUCUUCCAUCAUGCCAAACCCUGUAAAGGGUCCCCUUGAGUGAAGCAACAGUAGGCGAAAAUGUAUAACCCAUUUCUGUACCAACAAUCACAGACCCUGUAAUGCUGGCAAGCCUUGUAGCCAUUAGUGGCUUCCCAGAAAGCAUUGCUUCUAACAAAGUAUGAUCCAAUCCCUGAGCUCGAAGAGUAGGGUUUACAAAUAUAUCUAUUGCAUUAUAAAAACUUGCCAGCUGAGCAGGUUCCAAUGUCCCCAAAACCAGUACAGUGGCCCCAAGAUCUUUGUAUCUGUCACUCCAAGGACCAUCUCCAGCAACAAGAAUAAUCGCUGUUUCCCGAAAUGUAUCAUUUUCUUUGAGCAUUUGCAUCAGAGCUUCAAACAUUAACGGAUGUCCCUUAUCCUUCACUAAUCUCCCAGCAAUACCCAAAACCAGUGUCUUAGAUUGCGGAAUGCCAAAUUUCUUCUUAAAAUCCUUCCCCUUGGCUGCAUUUGGCUUGAAAAUCUCCUCAUCUACACCAUUGAGAAUAAUAUGAACUCGUUCUUCUGGGAUCAUGUAGAUCCUUUUCAAAACUUCCCCAACAUGGUCACUGGUUGCAACAUGGUGAGCAUAAUGUGGGAAAAACUUUACUUCUUCAACAACCUUCAUAGCUCUUUCAGUCAAUGAAUAUGCCAGUGGUUCUUCAGGAGUUCGAAGAAGUUCCUGAAUGAUGUCAGAAUGAAUGGAUUCAUAUGCAAUUCCAUGCCAAGUAACAGCUAGGUUAGUCAAAUUCCUUGAUCGAGUGUGCAUGAGCCCAACACUUUCAGUAUGGAUCACAUCAAAGGGUUUUCCAGUUGAAUUUUGGUGUUGGAAUUGCUUCCAAACUACAGCUUGGUCUAGAUAACCAGCAGCUGUUGGUUUUGAGAGGUGAAAAUACAAAGUACCAAUUGGGAAUGAUGGGAAGGAAGGGUUCAGAGAAGAAGUGGUGAAAAUGUGGAGUUCAUGGCCUCUUUGGGCAAGGGCAAGAUGGAGGGUUAAGGCAUGACGUUCAAGCCCUCCUGCACGGUGCUUAUGCGGCCAUUUCUUCACAAAGAGGGCAAUUUUAAGCAACUUCGGAGGUGGCCCUGAGGGAAAAGAUAGGUGGUUCCAUGCAGAAGGAAAAGAUAGGAUAUUAAUGAAUUGAUUUUGAUUUUGCAGAGUUACCUGGUUUUGGAAAUCAAAGAAGCCAGUAUAUUGAGACCAAAUGACGAAUGAGAUGGAUGAGAAAACAGAAAGAACGAAGAUAAUGAAGCAUAAACAACGGAAACUGAAGAUGGUAGCUUGAUCCCUUGCCAUGGAGAUUCAACAAAGAACAGAUCAAAAGGCACAAGCGACUCAGAGCAUUUCACUUGAUCCAACCAAACUUUGAAAUCAAGAGAAACAUAGAACCCCAAAUCCCUUUUAUCUUUCAACCAUCUUCUUCCCCUGUCCUAUAGAUUAUUCAACUAGAAGUCUAGAAUACGAGAAUCAGAUCCAAAAGUAAAAGUAGUAGAAUCAGAAACUUAGCUUGAUAAGCAACAAGAUCAGUGGGCAUAAAGCAUUAAUUUAAGCCUACUCAGGUUUCUACCUCCUCUUAUUAUAUGGCAUCAAAACAAAUCUUUGAGGCCAUCGUCAACGCAAAGGCCUCGAAUAAAUAUUAAACAAUGAAUAAAUAAAUCCUAUCAUCUCCAUUCUAAGCAAUGAACCUAAACCAACUCCCCCUUGUAAUAAUUCAUCAAACUUCAAAGCUGCUUGAAAUUGCUCAAUCAAGUUACCGGAAAUUUCACGCUAACCAGUUCCCAAAAAGAAAAAGGAAAAACAAAAUGAAAUUCAUAGAAAUUGAUGUGGAUCUAGCCUGCUGCAAUUAAAGAACAGAUUGCAAAUAAAAUAUAAAUGUUCAAGAUAAGUCUGCACAUGAUACAAGUACAAAGUUUUAAAGAAAAUAGCAUAAUCGAUUAACAAGUACAGUUGUAUAAAAGAAUCUCAUCUAUGAACAAGAAUUUUCCAGUUUUUUUUUUUACUUUUUUAUUGCGUUUAUUGUUUAAUUCUUUCCUGUUGUGUAAACCCUAACCCUAGUACCAGGACUCACCGGCGAAGCCGGAACCCUAGCGUGUGAAAGCGUAAAGCACCAAACCUACAAAGACGACGAGUGCAAACGGAACCAGGAUCACCAGAGGUACAAUAGCGGCCAAGCUAUGCAAACUCCGGCAAGCCAAAGUGCCGAGCUUAAUCUGAACCAGAUCCACCAGCGCAAGCAUCAAGAAGACGCAUCCAAACACCGACCCCGCCGCCGACACCAAGAUUCCGGCCCGGAGUGCCGCCGUGUUAACAUGGAUAGUCAUGGGGACGCUGCGCACCUUACCACCGCCUUGGCCAAUCCAGAUGGCUUGCUUGAGAGCAAAGGCGACGAGGCUGGAGAAGAGGAAGGAGCUGAAGGAGUAGACGUGGAAGGCAACGAGAUCCUCGCCCAUGGUCGUGUCGGCGACGCAGGCAGGCUCGGCGACGCCCGUGAGGGUGAUGGCAGGGUCGGUGAUUGGGUACCAAGCGAGGCCGAGGAAGACGGCGAAGGUGAAGAGUGAGUUGACGUUGACGAUGCCGUCGAGGGCCAUUAUGUGGAUGCUUGUACUGAAUUGCCGGCGUGAACCGUUAUCCAUUUCCGGCACGGCCGUGUCGGAACUGAAAACAACUGCCACAUAUUUUCAGAUUAUUUUUGUUUUGGUUUAAAUUUCCGAGUCAGAAUCAAAUGUAACGUCUCUUAUCCGGCAAGGAAAGAAUCGCGGGCUACAAGAAGGCUCUAAAAAAUUUUAAAAUUUGCCAUUAAGCUCCAA